AUGGCGAGUGAACUGCUCGCAAUCGGCGUCGGCCGCGGCACGCCAGCGGCUGCUCCAACGCCUGCCCCGACCAGCAUCGUCGUUCCACCAGGACCAUCACCGUCAUCGCCGGCCCCACAGACACUACCGGGACUGUAUCAUCCGUCGCCGUCCUCGUCGUCCACACUGAAUGCUCUGCCGCGGGAGAUCCUCCAGCAAAUCUUGUCCUACCUCCCUUACCGCAGCGUGAUAAGCUGCACCCUGGUGAAUCGCAACUUGUCGGACGUAUGCGAUUCCCCACUGUUAUGGAGGAGGUUAUGUCUCGACGAGUACGCCUCUUGGCACGCAGACCACUGCAUCGAGGAGCGACUUGGUAAUGUCGAGAUCUCGGCCAGUACAGAAUCAUCUGCAGGAGGAAGAGCAGGUAGUAGUGGGGGCAGUGGUGGCAGUGCCGUGCAGACGAGGAAGAGAAGCGUCCUAGACACAGACUGGAAGCAGCUCUUCGCAGCCCGCAAGCAGCAGGAUCGGCGCUUCUCAGAAUCCUUUGAGCGCGUGCUGAGCAGGCAGGACGGGCGCAUCGAUGUCAUCGCGCAGAUCACCUCCCGUGGGGAAGAUGCGCGGGAUAUGCUCGAGCGGCUCAAGCGAACUGGGGAGCAGCGCAGCCACAGCCAGCACAAAGCAGAAUGGGAUGAUGCGGUGGCGGCCAUGGAAGGCCAAGAGGUUCACGGAGAUGAUGACGACGACAGCCUUGCCCGGUCGUACUGGGCCAACGAGAUCCUGGGCAGUAUCAACCGCGCGCAGGCCUUGCGGGAAAUCAUAAAUGUCAUUUCUGCACCACGUGGACGUGGGCGGCCGGGAGAAGGACGUCGUCAGCAGCAGGACUACCCGCUGAUCAAGGCGCUCUGGGCGAUAGACUACUUUGUCGCGGAGACGCCUCCCGAGACGCUGCCUCAAAUGCUAACGCACCUCGACGACAUCGCCGCCGGGUUUCGGGCUGAAUAUCCAGGCUGUUUCGCCUCCUCAUCGCCUGGGAGCUCCACGGCCUACAGCGGGCAUGCUGGUGAAGGAGCCAUUGUCGGCCGCUCGCGAAGGCAGAGAGCGCUGUGCCUCGCCGAGUUUGUCCGCGCCCACGACCUGGUGGGCGUGCGCUCGCCCGAGACGUACCACGAUCUGCAGAACUCACUUGUCAGCGUGGCGCUGUGCGAGCGUGACCAUCCGUCGCUGCCGCUCGUGUCGCAUGCGAUAUACUGCGCGCUGGCUGAGCGGGUUGGGCUCGAGGCCGGGCUGACGAACACGCCGAGGCAUGUAUACGUCACGGUCAAGGCCCCCGAUGGUGUCAGUCUCGAUGACGAGAUUGUCGAGCCAGAAGAUGGGCAAGGAGGAGAGGACCAGACACAGCAAUCCGGUUUCGCGCCACCAGUGAACGACAAUAAGGACACGGAGCCAAAGGACGAGCUAGACCCCAGUAGGACAAUGUUCCUCGACCCGUUCAACCACGAGGAUGAGGUCCAGCUGUCCCAGCUCCGUGGCCUCUAUGCCGGCGUUAUGGGCGGUGCUCGAGCCGGCGGCGGUGUUGGGGGGCUCCUGGGCUUUGCCAGCCUACUCACCGGCGGCAACAACCAUAUGCCCGCCUCUGGCCCGACCGCCGCAGAGCUCGCGGCCUCGCUGGCGCCCGCGUCCACGCGAGAUAUGAUGUUCCGCAUGGCGCGCAACCUCCAGGAGACGCUGCGCGGUAGCGUGCACAGCCUCGCGUACAAGACGGCGCUGACGGACCCGACGGACGAGUUUGUCGAGCACCUUACCGACACCCGGCGCAAUAUACACGAUAUCGAGCCCACCCUACUGAACCCGUACCGGGCGGGCUACUGCGCAUGGUGGCUGCAGACCCUGCUCGACGAGAUUGGCGGCCUGCAGCACCGCGCGCUGUACAACUUUGUCGAAGGGUUCAUGCACCAUUUCAAGGAGACGGAUUGCCCGCUCGUCACGGACUACAUGCUCACGGCGUUCAACGGCGGGUUUGUCUCCGGCCCGGGCGCUGGGGGAGGCGAGGAUGUGCUUGGUGCCGCGGCGGAGGUUGGGCGGGACGAGGCGGCGUUUGUGGAGACGGUUCUGGCGCAUGUGCGGAGGGAGGAUGUGAGAGUCAAGGUGCCGAAGCGGAGGGGUGCAAUUGGACAGCAGCAGCAACAGCAGCAUGGUGCUAGUGAUGGUGGCGGCGGCGUUGGUGGUGGUACUCGUGAUCCUGGUGCUGGUGACGAUUUGCACAGCACGUCCGAAUCCGAAAGCGAUCAAGCGACGCAGUCACCGUCGUCGCCACAGCAGCAACAGCAGCAGCCAGACACCGAAACCCAGACCAAUCCUGCCAAUGAUCCGUCGUCCUCUGCCUCCUCCUCUGAGCAGCAGCAGCACGAGCAGCAGCACGAACAACAACAGCCCUGGCAAGUCCGCUACCGCGUGGGGGACCUGUUCCGGCACAAGCGGUACCGCUACCGCGCCGUCAUCACGGGCUGGGACUCGACGUGCCAGGCGUCGGAGCAGUGGAUGCAGCAGAUGGGCGUCGACUCCCUGCCCAACGGGCGGUCGCAGAGCUUCUACCACGUUCUGGUCGAGGACCACAGCACACGGUAUGUGGCGCAGGAGAACAUCGAUCUUAUCGUCCCGCACCGCCGCGGUCGUGGUCAGCAGAGUGACGGCGGAGGGAAAGGCAAAGGCAAAGGAAAAGGCAACGAAGAUGGUACCGGGCAUGAUACAACCGACGGCAAUGGGGCGGGUGAAGACGUGACGCAGGAAGAGGGAAGACAAGAUGGAAGCAGCAGCAGCAUUACGGACCGGGGCGGCGGCGGCGGCGCCGGUAACAAUGAUGGCCAAGCAGAUCAUUCCGCCCUCGGUCCGCCGUUGGAUAUCCUUCGCAUCGCCGGGCGCUACUUCAAGCGCUGGGACCACAGAGAGGGGCGGUUUGUGAGUAAUGUCCGGGACGAGUAUCCUGAUGACUGA